AUGCAGAACCAGUCAGUAAAUCAAUCGAAUAAUCAUCAAACAAAACGUAGCUCAUAUGCAAAUUACGGUAAACAGCUUCAGAAUUCAGUGUCUGGCCAACAACCACACCAACAACAACAGAUUUGGCCGUCGUCUUUGCCAACAGGUUGGAGACGUGAAGAAUGUAUGCGACCUAAUGGAUUAGGCACUGGGAAGUCAGAUGUUUAUUAUAUUAGUCCUCAAAAUCAAGUUGUACGAAAUAAACAAGAAAUGCAAAUAAUUUUAGGUGAUAAAUAUGAUAUUGGUCUGUUUGAUUGGAGAAUGGGUAAAUUUGUGAUGAGCAACAACAACAGUAAUAAUAAUACUAAUAAGUCGAAAAGGCUGGAAGAACCAACUGCAGACAUAUCAGCAUCAUCACCAUCAGCUAAAGUUCCGCGUGUAGAUAAUCAGUGUAGUUUACCAAUGAGAAGGUGUCCAUUCCCGAUAACAAAUGACGUUAAACCGGUUAUUGUACGUUCUCAUCCUGAGUGUAAGCGAACAGAUGUAAAGAAUACUAAUCAAGAAACUCCUCAUCAGUUAUUUUGGGAAAAACGAUUAGCUGACCAUGUGGCUAUUGAUCCGGAUACUGGCGAAUCUUUCAAACCCUUUUUUUUGCCUAAAGGAAUACAGAGUGCUGGAGUACCAGGUUAUCAACCUGUUCAGUUAGUCCAUAGUUUAAUUCAUGCGUUGUCAUCAUCAUCCUCUAAGAUUUCUCCAAUUAUUGGUCAAGAGCAACAACCUUCAGCUAUUGAGAAAAAUCCCUGUGUUGUUAUUAAUCAUUUACAACCAAUGAUUAAGACAUUUAUUGUAACCGAUGACGAUAUACGUCGACAAGAAGCUCGUGUCAAAGAACUACGAAAAAAACUGGAAAUUGCAAGAAAAAAAUUACAUCCGCGAUAUGAAACUGAACGAGAAGGAUGA